AUGGCUCGCUCCGCCGCUCCUCCCCUCCUCGCCGCGCUGCUCCUGGCCGUCGCCGCCGCGGCCGCGGCAUCGGCCGCCCCGGCAGCCACCGACUUCAUCCGCAAGUCGUGCCGCGCGACGCAGUACCCGUCGGUGUGCGUGCAGAGCCUGUCCGCGUACGGCGCCGCCGGCAACUCGCCGCCGCGGAGCCCGCAGGAGCUGGCGCGCGCGGCGCUGACCGUGAGCGCGGACCGCGCCAAGUCGGCGUCGGCGUACGUGGGGCGGCUGGUGGGGCCCGGACUCCGCGGCAGCGCCGGCGGGCCGAAGAAGGGCAGCAGCCCGGCGCGCGACUGCCUGGAGAACAUGGCGGACAGCGUGGGCCACCUGCGCGACGCGGCGAAGGAGCUCAGCGGCGGCCUGGGCCGCGCCGGGACGCCGGCGUUCAGGUGGCACCUGAGCAACGUGCAGACCUGGUGCAGCGCGGCGCUCACCGACGAGAACACCUGCCUCGACGGGCUCUCCCGCGGCGUGGACGCCCGCACGCGCGCCGCCAUCCGGAGCAAGGUGGUCGACGUCGCCCAGGUCACCAGCAACGCCCUCGCCCUCGUCAACAAGGUCGGGGCCGGGCACUAGCCCGGCCCAGGCCCGUCUGCACAUGGUUUGCUAGCUUACUUGGCUAGCUACGCGUGCAGGCGUAACAGUUCCUAUCGUGGCGCUACAAGUUUGUACUGUUCUACCGCAUGGAUGUGUUAACUAUUUCAGUUUCGAUGUGUUCUUGUUGUGCCUGUAAAAUGUAGCUAGUAAGUGCGUAAGAUAAUUUAUUAUUAAUUAAGAGUGUAAAGGUGGUAAUUAAGCCGAAGUGCGUUUUGUAGCUC